CCACUGUUCUAGCACUGUUUGACAAGAAAUCCAAGGUUGGCUUGUUGCGCAAAUACUGGCCGUUCUUUGCCCUUCUACCUCUCGACUACUUCUUUUUCUUCUUUAUCUUGGGUUCAAGUCUAAUCCGAAUCCGAGGGACGCCAGGCGCAGAUUGGCCUGAAGCCCACAACCUAAUCGAACCGUUGCAGCCAGCCCGCUUCUUGAAGGGCACGGUACGGAACUAGGUAACGGUACGGUAGAGUUCAGUUACGGGCAAUCAACCUAUUGGACCGACACCGCCCAAAAAAGUGUCCCACUGUCCUUCCUCAUCCUGCCCGCAUACCAAUACCACAUACGUUACGAUCGCCCACCUUAAACCUCCAGGUACCACCAACCCUCUUCGAUCGCGCCGCCUGUCGGCCACGUCGACAUUCUUUGAUGACAAGGUGCACUUAGCAAAGCCCGCAGCUUUUCGACGGCGGCACCCAUCAUGUCUUCUGCCAACAGCAUCAAGGUCGUCGCCCGGUUCCGACCGCAGAACCGGGUCGAGAUCGAGUCGGGCGGCCAGCCCAUAGUCAAGUUCGAUGGCGACGAUACGUGUACUGUUGAUUCCAAAGAGGCGCAAGGCUCCUUCACGUUCGACCGUGUUUUUGACAUGUCCUGCAAGCAAUCGGACAUCUUCGACUUUUCGAUCAAGCCGACGGUGGACGAUAUUUUGAACGGCUACAAUGGAACCGUCUUUGCCUACGGCCAGACUGGUGCUGGAAAGUCGUACACCAUGAUGGGAACCAACAUCGACGACGACGACGGACGAGGUGUCAUCCCUCGUAUUGUCGAGCAGAUCUUCGCAAGCAUUUUAUCCAGCCCAAGCACCAUCGAAUACACCGUUCGUGUCAGCUACAUGGAAAUCUACAUGGAGCGCAUCCGUGAUUUACUGGCGCCCCACAACGACAACUUGCCAGUGCACGAGGAGAAGAACCGCGGUGUAUAUGUCAAGGGUCUUUUGGAAGUCUAUGUGUCCAGCGUGCAGGAGGUCUAUGAAGUCAUGAGGAGGGGAGGAAACGCCAGGGCUGUGGCUGCCACCAACAUGAACCAGGAGUCGUCCCGAUCCCACUCGAUUUUCGUCAUCACCAUCACCCAAAAGAACGUCGAAACUGGCUCGGCCAAGAGUGGACAGCUUUUCUUGGUUGAUUUGGCCGGUAGCGAAAAAGUCGGCAAGACGGGAGCCAGUGGACAGACGCUCGAGGAGGCCAAAAAGAUCAACAAGAGUUUGAGCGCCCUGGGAAUGGUCAUCAACUCUCUCACUGACGGCAAAUCUUCACACGUUCCAUACCGAGACUCGAAGCUCACGCGUAUUUUACAAGAAUCGCUUGGUGGUAACAGUCGAACAACGCUCAUCAUCAACUGCUCGCCCAGCUCCUACAACGAUGCCGAGACGCUCAGCACUCUGCGUUUUGGUAUGAGAGCAAAGUCCAUCAAGAACAAAGCCAAGGUCAACGCUGAACUCAGUCCUACCGAACUCAAACAGCUCCUUGGCAAGGCAAGGACUCAGAUUACUUCCUUUGAAAAGUAUAUAGUGAGUCUUGAGGGCGAGGUGCAGCUAUGGCGUUCUGGUGAAACUGUACCAAAGGACAAGUGGGUUCCGCCACGUUCAGCAGAUGGCGCCGCCCCUGCGACCAAGGGUGCACCACCUGCUCGACCGGCAACACCAUCGAGACUGGUUGCGGAAACUGCCAGCAGGUCAGAGACACCGGCAUUAACAGAGCGCUCUGGAACGCCUUCGAUACCGCUGGAGAAGGAUGAGAGGGAAGAAUUCCUGCGGCGGGAAAACGAGCUUCAAGACCAGCUUGCAGAGAAGGAGUCGCAGGCCACAAAUGCCGAGAGGCAGGUGCGCGAGAUGAAAGAAGAGUUGACUAUAAUCAAGGAACAUGACAGCAAACUGGGCAAGGAAAACGAGAGGCUCAUGAGCGAGCAUAAUGAGCUCAAGCUGCAAUUCGAACGCAUCAACUUUGAGAGCAAGGAGGCGCAGAUCACCAUGGACGCCCUCAAGGAGGCAAAUACAGAGCUGACAACGGAGCUUGAUGAGCUGAAGCAGCAGUUGCUUGAUGUUAAAAUGAAUGCCAAGGAGUCCGGGGCCGCUCUCGAUGAGAAGGAGAAGAGGAAGGCCGAAAAGAUGGCCAAGAUGAUGGCCGGCUUUGAGCUGGGUGCGGACGUCUUUAGUGACAACGAAAAGUCAAUCGCCGACGCCAUCAAGCAGCUGGAGGCUCUGCAGGAGCUCAGCAAUUCAGGCGACCCAAUCCCACCUGACGAGCUCAAGGCGUUGCAGUCCAAGCUUGUUGCCACUCAGGGCAUCGUGCGCCAAGCAGAACUUUCGCUCUACAGCAGUGCCUCGAGUGGUUCUGAGGCGCGCCGCAGGGUGGAGCUGGAGCAGAGGCUGGAGACUCUUCAGCAGGAGUACGAGGAUCUCCUAUCGCGUAACCUUGGCGAAGGUGACGUUGAAGAGCUCCGGUCAAGGCUUGAGAAGGCCUUUAUCGACAAGCAAGGCGCGCAGACCGACCUGGUCGACGACUUGAAGGCCGAGAUCGAGCGCAAGACUGCCGAGGCGGAGCGCAUGAAGGUCUUAAUCGAGGACCUCCAGCGGCAGGCAAAGGCCUCUGGUGCUAACGGAACCGCCGGCGUGUCACCGGUCAUGAACGGCAAGUCAGUGGCGCAGCAAAUGGCCGAGUUUGACGUCAUGAAGAAGAGUCUUAUGCGGGACUUACAGAACCGCUGCGAGCGUGUGGUUGAGCUGGAGAUUUCACUCGACGAGACGCGUGAGCAGUAUAACAACGUGCUCCGGUCGAGCAACAACCGGGCUCAGCAGAAGAAGAUGGCCUUCCUGGAGAGGAACUUGGAGCAGCUCACGCAGGUGCAGCGCCAGCUCGUGGAGCAAAACUCUAGCCUCAAGAAGGAGGUUGCCAUUGCGGAGCGCAAGCUCAUUGCCCGUAACGAGCGGAUCCAGAGCCUCGAGAGCCUGCUGCAGGACAGCCAGGAGAAGAUGGCCCAGGCCAAUCACAAGUUCGAGAUGCAACUCGCCUCAGUCAAGGAGCGCCUUGAGGCAGCCAAGGCUGGCAGCACCCGAGGAAUCGGCUCGCCAACAGGGUUGGGUGGCUUUAGCUUCACAAAUGCCGGGAGCCGGAUCGCCAAGCCCCUGCGUGGCGGCGGCGGCGGUACUGACAGCACUGCAUCCAACCCUGCGAUCAGCAAUUUGCAGUCUGAUAACAAGAGGUCAAGUUGGUUUUUCAAGUCAUAGAUAUGAAGCGAUACAAUGAAUGAUUUUACCCAUGAAUAUUCUAUUUUGUCUUUUUUUUUUCCCGCCCCUUCUUGUUUACGAUAUAACGGUACGCAACCAAGCGACAAGCACUUUUCUGACUCUUAGAGGCGAGAUGCAAGUGGGUGCGAGCAUUUGGGGAAGGGAUGUAGUCUUGUCUCCAGAGUUGAAACAUUACAAAGCGAGAAUCCAUGUAGAGUCACUGAGUAGCCAACCUAGACUAGAACGCUUAUUCCGGGCAGACUCUUGUUUGCAAUGGUCAAGGUAUAGCAAGUCACAUUGAUGGAUUUCAGCCUGUUCCCCUG